UCAGACUAAUGAUGUAACCAUAAUCUUUUACUAUGAUCGUAUUACAAUCAAUGGUGAAACAAUUAGUUAAUUAGAUUGAAAUUACACCCGUAAAGAUAAAUUAAGUAACCAGUUAAUGUAUAUACAUAAUUGUGUUAAUUAAUACGUGACAAUUAAGGGAUUGGAAUAAGGCAAAAAAAAGCAUUGGAAAUUAAAGAAACGGAUUCUAAAAGUAAUUAACACAAUUACAAUUAUCAAUUACUAAGUCACAAUUGUCUUAAUUGUGUAACUGUUUGUUGUUUCUAAUAUGGUUAAUUGUUAAUUCUCAUCUAUGGAAUCAGUUAAUUCAUCGAUAUAUGGAAAUCACUUCCUGAUCGGCUGGAAAUGGAACGAGACUGGAACUUACCUUUCAUUUUCAAUUCUCCUUUUAAUUACGACAAUUAUCAAGAUAAUUUAUUUCAAGAAUCGAAAAGUACUCAACAAUAUACCCGAAUCAUGUGCUCUCAUCCUUCUUGGAAUCUUGGUUGGCUUAUUGAUUGUCAUAAUGGAUUCCAAGUCAAAUAAUCUACCAGAAUUCACUCCAAGUCUUUUCAAUUUCAUUUUACUCCCUCCAAUCGUCCUGGAUUCAUCUUAUGAACUUUAUCACCAAUCAUUUUUUGGUAACAUUGGAACCAUAAUAAUGUUUGCAGUCGUUGGAACGAUAAUGAAUGUCAUCCUGGUUGCUUAUUUAAUUUACUUUAGUCAAAUGAUAUCACUAUUUGGUAAACAAUUUAUUCCCACUGUUGAAAUAUUUAUUUUCUCGGUAAUUGUUUCAGCAGUUGAUCCAGUUGCUGUGCUGUCGGUGUUUCAAGAGGUUAAUGUUAAUAAAGCCUUGUAUUUCCUGGUAUUUGGUGAAUCUUUACUCAAUGAUGCUGUUGUGAUCACUUUGUACGACAAUAUAAGAUCAAUUCCAACCUCGAACUAUCCCAAGUCAAAGCUCAUUGGAUUCAUUUUUUUAUCGUUUCUUGUAUCUACUUUUGGUGGUAUUUGUGUUGGUAUAUUUUGGGGAAUUCUAACUUGCCUAUUAACACAAUUAACCACUGAUAGAAAAUUAAAAGCCGUUGAACCUUUAAUUGUGAUCGUUUUAGCUUAUUUGGCUUAUCUAACUGGAUAUUUAUUGAAUUUCUCGGCGAUUAUUAGCUUAAUGACCUGUGGACUUUUCCAAGCGGAAUAUGCGAAUCAUAAUAUCAGUCGAAAAUCAAAAACAACCGUUAAGUACUUGACUAAAUUGUCCUCGUCGGUUACGGAGACAAUUAUUUUCCUAUUCUUGGGCCUUGUACUGGUCAAUACUAAAUACGUUUGGAACACAUCGUUUGUUAUAUUCUCGACAUUUUAUUGUAUAAUCGCGAGAUUUGUGACCAUUUUCGCGUUAACUUAUUUUGUGAAUGUUUAUUUUCAACGGAUUCGAAUUGUAAAUCUUGAAGAACAAGUUCUUAUGGCCUAUGGUGGUCUUCGAGGGGCGAUAACAUUUUCACUGUCCGAUGCUCUUCUCCAUCAAACUGCCGAUACAGAAUCGAUAAAGUUAACCCGUCGUCUAAUAACAACAACAAAUUUGUUCAUCAUUUUGUUUACUAUUUUUGUUCUGGGAUCAACAACUAAACCACUUGUUAAAAUGUUACGAGUUCAGCUUCAAACGAAAGGUGAAAGUGAAUACCUGUAUGAGGUAAAUAACAGGGUGACUCGGUUGUUGAUGCAAGGAAUUGAGAUAAUUGCUGCUCAGCAAAGUCCACUCCAUUGGUUGAAAAAAAUUGCCUCCAUCAUGAAUGAAAAGUUCUUGAAAAAGUUUCUUCUUCGAAAAUUUAAUCAAGAAAAUAAAAUCUUAUCCAAACAGGAUUCAUCUAGUGUUUCCUCGGCUCAGCGAUCUUAUCGUUAUGAUGUUCAAAAUUUAGAAACUCCCGAGAAGGACGUUUAUCCAGAUCUAAAUAAACCAAUUCGACAAUUUGAAGCUUUCGACGACAAAGGUACUUUAUUAUUCCCGAAGUUGGACCAGAACCCGGUGUCAAUUGCACCUACUGAAGUUUUCCUUGAAGUCUGUGAUAUAAGCAGAGUAUUUACCAUUCCCAAGGAAGCUUGUUCACUAAUUAACUCUUGGAUUAGUUUACCCAACAAUCAGCAAACUAAAUUAACUCCUCAAAAGACAAUUAAACCAACGAAAAGUGAAAACAAUCAAACUAAAUUAAACAAAUCAAAAGCAACAAUCAAACUAUCAACACCCAAAUUUUCAGGUAGUUCUUAUGGAGAUUCUAUUUCGGAGGAUGCGGAUAUAGAGGAAUCUGUUAGUAAUAUUGUUCGCCAUUUAUUCCCAAUGGUUCCUGAUAAAAGUCGAUCACCAUGGAGAGAUAAUUCCUUGGAUAUUCAGUAUUUCUUAGAUAAUCGCCAUCAUCAUAAUCGCCUGUCUAAUCCUUAUCCAGAUAAUAUAUUAACUUCAUUGACUAGUUACCAGGGUGGUGAAGGAGAUAUUGAUGGUGGCGGGGGUGGAGAUGGCGGUGGUGGUGGUGGUGGAGGAGGUGGUGCGGGUGUUGGAGCUAAUGUAGGUGUUAAUAGUGAUCUUAAAGGCUCGUCUACGGAUGAUUUUAUUACUACAAACUCACAGAAUAAUAUUUAUCCUAAUCAACGUUAUCAUCAUCAUCAUGAUCCUUUUGUCACAUCAACUAGAAACAUUGGAAUUGAAUCUCGUUCUCAUCCAUACAAUACUCGAGAUUCAUCAUCAUCUUCAUCUUCAUCAGCAUCAUCUUCGAUGAACAAUUUAAUCAAAAAUCUUGUCGCUUCAGAAGAAGCCAGAGAAUCAGCUAUGGAAGCAGCUUAUUCUGAAUUGGCUGAUUUUUCACAGAAUUUACCCUUCAAAUCACCAUCUUCAUCUAAAUCUGAUUCCAAUAGUAAGGAAACUGAAUCACUUUUAUCUUCACUUUCAUCUUCCUCGGUACUUUCACCUUCAGCCACCUCAUCUUCAUCAUCACCUUUAUCAUCGUCGGAAGUUUCAUCAUCUUCUUUACACCCUUCCAAUAUUAAAAUAAUUACCUCUCGAACUCCGAGCGGAUCAAAUGGAAGAGGAUUAGCAAAUUUAUCAAAUCACUUAUCUAAUCCGAUGGGCCGAUCUCCAGUUUUAUCUUCAACAUCAAUUCAACAGCAACAAUUGGCGAUACCACGAAAACCUCGGGUCAUUGGAUCAAAUCAUGGACUCAGUUGUAUGAAGCGAUGCAUUAACCAGAAAAUACUUCAUCCAGUCCAAUGUCACUCUCUCUGUUGAGACGAAAAACAAUACAAUCAACUAAUAGACUUCAUCUUUAACUUAAAUAAAUCUCAUUCUUCUGAAUCUCUCUCAUUUCCUGUUCCUCUUUACACCUCAAUCUACCUUGUAGGUAACCUUUUCUCUCUCUCUCUCUCUCUUUCUGCAACACUGAUCUCCCAAAUCCCGAUCUUAAACUAAACAAUUAAUACUACGACUUUACAAUUAACCCCUUUUGUUUAUCAUUCCUUUGGAUAUUCGUGUUAACCUUUGAAACAAUUAAGAAAAAAACACCAUCAGUAAGAACGAUUUUUUUUUCACUCGAAAGAAAAAAAAAUCAACCAAACAAAAUGUCUCAAUAAACAUUGAAUAUUUCUGUUUCUCUACAAUAUAUAUAACAUGUAAGAAUAUUAUUAUAUACAUGAAUAUAUAAUGUAUUAUAAUAUUCAUCUCUUCCCUUGAUUAGCAUCCUCAUCACCUCCAGAAACUCAUUAUCAUCUUCAUUGUCAAUGUUCAUCAAACCUGAUAUACGAUAAAAACGGAUAACACCAAUAAUCAUUUUCUUUUAAUUUAUAUUAAUAGAUUAUCUCAUCAUCUUUGCCAUUAAUUCAUCUUCUCCAACUUAUUAGCUUUUUCACUUCAUCUCUCUCUCUCUCUCCAUCAAUUAACUAAUUCAUCAUUAAAUCAUGACAUAUUUAUUUAUCGUCUAUUACAACUUGCAACAUGUACAUAUGAAUAUCAACUUAUCCUCCGAUUCAGUUUAUGUUUGAUUCUUGUAUCAUAACCAGAAUGUUUAUCUCACACAAUUAACUGGAUUAAUCAAUUGAUUCUAAUUUUGUCUUUUCUUCCAAUAAUAGCUUUACUUUUCUCUGGUUAAUUCUGAGUUAAAUUAACUAAUUCAGAGUCAUUCACAGUUCGACGAUUCAUCAAUAAUCAUCUAAAGUUUUUUUCCAUUCCUUGAUUUCUGUUUCCAAUCAAAAGGAAUCAAUCAAUUUAUUAAUCUUGUUUAUCCAUUGUUGUAACAGUAAUUAUUGAUUCUCAUUAAUAUUAAUAUAAUUGA